UGUUACAUCAAUAAGUACGGAUUACUUCGAACCGCUGCGCGCGCCGUCCAUCAUCAAGCAGACCACUCGUCUCUCGGGACCGCGGGCAUCUAUCCACCACCCCGAAGACAAUCGCCAGUCGCUGCACGUCUGCCUGCCAUGGAUAAACGACGCUUGCCCCCAGACCUUCCGGCUCUGCUACGCCAGAGGGAGGCCGAAAGGGCCGCGGCGGCCAAACCCAGGUUCAUCCCGAAGAAGGAACGUGAGCGCUUGGCCGCAGAGAAGGCCGCCAAGGAAGAGGAGGAACGGAAACGGCGAGAAGAGUCACUGAUAGCACGACGACAGUCGUCGACCAACGGGACAAAUGGCGACGCGAACGGGCACGGCAACGGACGAUCAACGCCGCAUGACAUACCCACCGGCCCCAAGGCGAUGCGACAUGCCGGUGAUGGCGCCGCCGAUCAUGGACAUGCCGGGAAACGUCGGCGUCUGAACGACGAGGAAGAAAAGAGGGCCGAGAUGGAGCGCAAGGAUGCGGCAGAGCUGCGGGCGAGGUACAUGGGCCCCGAGGUCAACCAGUCCACCUUCUCGGCCAAGAAGAAGAGGAAGCGAACGGCGGCGAACAAGUUUAACUUUGACUGGGAUCCCGAGGACGACACCAGCCGGCCGUACGAUCCCAUCUACGCAGACCGCCCGGAGCCGCUCUACAAGCUCACGGGGUACGAGAACACGGACGAGAUGGUGUUGCGCAAGGCCGAGGCGAUCCGGCGUGCCGACCCCGAGACAGGCGAGGAGCGGGCGAAGAAACUGUUGGAACAGCACGAGCGCGUCAAGAAGAUUGCAGAGCGCAAGAACUUUGGCAAACACUGGUCCGAGAAGAAGCUGGAGGAGAUGAAGGAGCGCGACUGGCGCAUCUUCAAAGAGAACUUUGGCAUCGCCACCAAGGGAGGCUCCAUACCGAACCCGAUGCGCAGCUGGGAAGAGUCGAACCUGCCGCGGCGGCUGCUCGACAUCGUCCACAGCGUCGGCUACGACGAGCCCACCCCGAUCCAGAGGGCGGCCAUCCCGAUCGCACUGCAAGCGCGCGACCUCAUCGGUGUUGCCGUUACCGGUUCGGGUAAGACGGCCGCCUUCCUCCUCCCGCUGCUUGUCUACAUCUCGGAGCUCCCGCCUCUUACGGAAUACAACAAGAACGACGGCCCGUAUGCGCUCAUUCUCGCGCCGACGAGAGAACUGGUGCAGCAGAUCGAGUCGGAGGCGAGGAAGUUCGCGGACCCGCUCGGUUUUACCGUGGUCAGCAUCGUGGGUGGUCACUCUCUGGAGGAGCAGGCGUUCUCGCUCCGCAACGGCGCCGAGAUCAUCGUCGCGACGCCCGGCCGUCUGGUGGACUGCCUCGAGAGACGGCUGCUCGUGUUCUCGCAGUGCUGCUACAUCAUCAUGGACGAGGCGGACCGCAUGAUCGACCAGGGGUUCGAGGAGCCGCUGACCAAGAUCCUGGACGCGCUCCCCGUGGCCAACGAGAAGCCGGACACGGAAGAGGCGGAGAACUCGCAGCUCAUGAGCCGCUACCUCGGCGGCAAGGACCGGUACCGCCAGACCAUGAUGUACACGGCGACCAUGCCGCCGCUCGUGGAGAAGAUCGCCAAGAAGUACCUCCGCCGCCCGGCCAUCGUGACGAUCGGCAACGCCGGCGAGGCGGUCGACACGGUCGAGCAGCGCGUCGAGUUCAUCGCGGGCGAGGACAAGCGGAAGCGGCGCCUGCAGGAGAUACUCGGUUCGGGCCAGUUCAAGCCGCCCAUCAUUGUCUUUGUCAACAUCAAGCGCAACUGCGAGAUGGUGGCCAAGGACAUCAAGUCGUGGGGCUUCUCCACGGCCACGCUGCACGGCAGCAAGACGCAGGAGCAGCGCGAGGCGGCCCUGGCGUCGGUCCGCAACGGCCAGGCCAGCGUCCUGGUGGCCACGGACCUGGCGGGGCGCGGUAUCGACGUGGCGGACGUGUCCCUGGUCGUCAACUUCAACAUGCCCUCGAGCAUCGAGGCAUACACGCACCGUAUCGGCCGUACGGGGCGUGCGGGCAAGAGCGGUGUGGCAAUCACAUUCCUGGGCAACGAAGACGCGGACGUCAUGUACGACCUGAAGCAGAUCAUUUCCAAAUCCUCAAUAUCCAAGGUACCCGAGGAGCUGCGGAGGCACGAGGCCGCGCAGUCCAAGCCGACCCGCGGCGGGGGAAAGAAGCUGGAGGAGAGCGGGGGGUUUGCCGGGAAGGGGGCGUCAUGGCAGUGAGAUGCAUCGUGUCGAAUGUGCCACGCUACUAGUGUACGAAAGGGACCCAUAUCUACUUAGACUAGGAACGGCAAUGAGCUAGCUAACAUACAUACACUAGGUAUGCGCUGGCGGCUGCAUAACAAGGCAAUGACUUUCGCAGUUUGCCCUACUACGAGUAGAAGUGAACCACAGAGGAAGCUCUAGUGUAAUAAUGGAGGGACGGGAGAUGCCAACAAAUGUGGAGUACGGCGACGUAGGCCCUUGAUUGCUUCCCGUAUUAUCCCG